CUUCCUUCUCACCUACAAAAAUACCAGCGAAACCGUCACAUCACUCUUCAGUCACAACAAAAACACACAAAAACAUACACAAAUAGCAAAUGGCGGACAAGCUUUUCCUCGUCUCUGCCACUCUCGCCUUCUUCUUCCUCCUCACGAAUGCCUCCAUCUACCGCACGGUCGUGGAGUUCGAUGAAGAUGACACCAUUAACCCAAUAGGCCCAAACCAGAAAUGUCAGAAGGAGUUUCAGCAAACCCAGCACCUAAGACCUUGCCAACAAUGGAUCCACAUGCAAGCAAUACAACCACAUGUACCUAGUGUCCUAGACGGUGAGUUCCAUAUGGAAGACGACAUGGAGAACCCCGAGGUCCCACAGAGACCACCGCUACUCCAACAAUGCUGCAAUCUGCUUCACCAGGAAGACAAAAUUUGUGUUUGCCCAGCCUUGAAACAUGCAUCCAAAGAGGUUAAGUCCCAGGUUCAACAGGGACAGCAGCAGGGAGAUCCCCAAUUAAUCAGCCGUAUCUACGAGACCGCUACGCACUUGCCUAGCAUUUGCAACGUCCAACAAAUUAGCGUUUGUCCCUUCAAGCAGGACAUGCCUUCCUUCCCUUCCUAUUACUAG